AAGUAAAAUUGACUUUCUUUUUCAUUUAAUGAUUAACUUUUGUUCAGUGAACAUCACAAUAUAAUAUAUAUAAAAUGUCAACAAUUAAAUAUAAUGUAACGAAUUUAAAUAGAUUCAUGAGUCUUCCAUUGCGAGAUGAACAAGUACAAGUAACUUAUGUUUGGGUCGAUGGAACUGGUCAAUCUUUACGAUCGAAAUCUCGAACAUUUUCAUCCAUCCCAAAUUCACCGAAAGAUUGUCCUGAAUGGAAUUUCUGUGGAAGUGCAACAGGUUUCAACGAAGGUAAUGUUGCAACUUUACGAUUAAUUCCUUGUGCUUUGUACAAUGACCCCUUUCGAAAUGGUAACGCUAAAUUGGUUCUAUGUGAUGUUUAUGAACAAGAUGGUUCACCAGUGGCAGCAAAUAAUAGAUUUGAUUGUGAGAAAUUAAUGGGUCAAGUUAAUUGUGACCAAGACCCUUGGUUUGGUAUUGAACAAGAGUUUACCUUGUUUGAUGGGGCCACUGAUCGUCCACUUGGAUGGCCUUCAAAUGGUUACCCUAGUCCACAAGGUCCUUAUUAUUGUGGUGUUGGCGCUGGAAAAGCAAUUGGUCGGGAUAUAAGUGAAGCCCAUUAUCGUGCUUGUCUUUACGCUGGUAUACCGAUAGCGGGUACAAAUGCUGAGGUUAUGCCUGCUCAGUGGGAAUUUCAGAUUGGUCCUUGUAAAUCGAUCGCAAUUGGUGACGAUCUUUGGAUGGCUCGAUACAUUUUGGUCCAAAUCGGUGAAGAGUUUGGUGUUAAAAUUUGCUUCGAUCCAAAGCCAAUUACUGGUGAUUGGAAUGGUGCUGGAGCUCAUAUUAAUUUCUCAACCAAAGAUACACGGUCAAAAGAAAAUGGAUUAGAUACAAUUAAGAAAUACAUAGAACGUUUAAGGAACCAUCAUAAAGAAUCAAUUGUGAUUUAUGAUCCAUGUGAGGGUAAAGAUAAUUGUCGUCGAUUAACAGGUAAACAUGAUACUUCCAAUAUAAAUGAAUUUUCUUCUGGAAUUGGUGAUCGAGGAGCUUCAAUUCGUAUACCCGAGACUGUGGUCAAUGAAGGGUGUGGUUACCUUGAAGAUCGUCGACCAGCAAGUAAUUGUGAUCCUUAUUUGGUGGCUAAAAGUUUGAUCCAAUUCUGUCUUAUACUUGAUAAUAGUAACAAUGAAUAAACAUUAGAAAAUGUUUACUCAUGAACAUUUAAACUCUGAAAAACAAAGUGAUUAAUACUAAUCAAUAACAGUAACAUUCAACUGUCAUUGUAAUAGUUACAUAAAUGAUACAAGUAAAAUGUUGUUCACUUA